CACAGCUACAAUAAAAGUGUAGAGACACAUGGAGGAUUUCUGAGUCAAAUCUGUUUAUUCGUCAGUUCACAGCAGCAGUAGUUUUGUAUCAGGACGAGUCUGUAGUUGGAAUAUUCUGUGCUGGGGUGUGGGCGAGUCAGGACGACUGGAGAUUUAUACACAGAACACUAAAAUGUCUGGCACUUGCUGAAGUCACUUUUGAACCAAUGAUAGGACAAAUUCAGACAAAAUGUUUAAGAGGAAAUGGCAAACAGGAUCAAGAGACACGUCUCUUCAUGGUCUGUGGAACCAGGGCGCCACCUGUUACCUGAACAGUGUACUGCAGGUGCUGUUUAUGACUCCAGAGGUGCACGAGGGGCUGAAGAGAAACACUUCAACAGACGACAGCGACGGAGUUUUAAAAGAUGUGUUUGACAAACUGAAACAGGAUACGAGUGAAACAACAAAAAUCACAGAUCUUCUGCAGAUUAGAGAUGUUCACAGGCAGCAUGACGCUGCUGAAUACCUGGAGCUCCUGCUGAAUCGGUUGAGUCCCGAUGUCUCUAAGCCCUUCCGUGGGACACUCACAAACAAAACCGAAUGUGAAGAAGGACACUGUAUUAUUGAGGAGACAACAGACUUCUGGACUCUCCCCUUGGCUCUCUCAGACUGCACAUCUGUGGCUGAGGGGUUUCAGAAGGUCUUUGAGACUCAAUCAUUCAAUGUCUAUUGUACUGUAUGUAAGGAGAGCACAGAUGCAAAAAGAUGCUGCCAAAUGAAGACGCCUCCUACUGUCCUGGUUCUGCUUCUCAAGAGGUUCAUCAUUGAUCCUAGAAAUGGUUUUCAUUAUAAGUCCAAAUGUGAAGUGGAGCUGUCGAGGGAAAUAGAGACAGAGGUAAAGAUGCAGGAGAUCUGUAAAAUCCUAGUAAAAGUUCACUCUUGUGUGUGCCCUCUGCUUGUGCAGGGUUUAUCCUUCUCUCUGUGUGGAGUGGUGGAUCACCAGGGCAGUGCACACGGUGGACACUACACAGUCUCCAUGAAGUCUCAGGAGGACCAGAACUGGUACUGCUUCAGUGAUGCACAUGUACACGAGACGGAGGAGCCAGCGGGACAGAGAUCUAAAACUGCGUAUUUACUGAUUUACAGAGCUUUACCCACUCAAAGGAAAGAGCUGCCUCCAAAAGACCAGAUGGACUCAGAAGAUCAUUCCUUUCUCACCAGACCGGCGGCCGCCAAACCCGGAAGUGCCCGUCCGACCGGCCCACGUGACACCCGACAAUGUUCUCAAUAA